AUGGCAUUCUUCAAACGGCCUCCGCCAGAGACCGAAUCAGGUAGUGAAACCGGCGAGUCUCCAAGACCGCCAAAGCGAAGAGCCACUGUCUACGACGCCGUUGCCGGCCGAGUCUCCCAAUGGGGCUUCAUCCGAGAUACCCCUCCAUCUUCCAGACCCUCAGCAAAUCAACCCCUCCGCCCUGAUGAAAUCCUCUUCAAGCAACGCAACGCGCCCACCCGUUAUGAAGAAUCUGACUACUACUUCGCCCACAGACUCCUCCCGCCAGAUCAGAAACUGCCUAGCUCAGACCUGCUAAGCGCGCUGCAUGCGUAUAUUUCCAACUUCUAUGCGAGGAGUGAUGAGAGAGUGAACCAGAAGGCCUGGAAGAGUAUGGAUGAAACGGCGCUUAUUGCGUUGGGAAUUUUAGUCGAGGAGAACAUGAGGGAGAUACUUGGGGAGACUGGGCAUCUUGCGUUCUUGGAGGGUGCAGACAGCGAGGAAGAUGGGGAUGAGGGGGUUGUAGAGUCUGCUGAUAUAAGUCAGGGGAGCAGCGAGUCUGAAGGUCACGGAGAGGGGGACAGUUCUAACCCUGAGGUUUCUAGUAGUGGGUCUAGCUAUAGCUCGGACGGGACGGACUCGUAA